UACCAUAAGCCUCCAAAUCAUUUUUCUUUUCAAUCCCAUUCUCUCUUUCUCCAUAUAUAUAUAUAUAUAUAUAUACACACACAUAUAUAUGCAGAGGCAAAACGCAGCAGCACCAAAUCUCAUCUUCAUCAACCAAAAACCCCCCUUUACGUAUCUCUUCUCUUUCUAAAUCUCUCGAUCUCUUUCCUCUCUAAUCCUCUCUUUCCCUCCAAAUCUAUCCCAUAAUUUUGUUAAUAUUGAUAAACCCAUCACUUCUCGAUCCAUAUACUAUCCAGUUUUUGGUUCUUUAAUUCAAUUUGAAUACUGUUUUUGAUUCUGAUCGAUUUUUUUUUUCUUUCAAUCGAUCGGUUUUUGGAUCCGUUUUUUAGCUGCAAAUGAGGAUGUGCAAAAUGGAAGGAUUUAUGAUGGAUAAAUCUAUGUUAGUGUGAUUCUAUAACAACAAUAAGAUAAAAUAUAUAGAUUACAAAUAAGAUGCCAGGAAUAGCGCAAAGAAAUGAGCAAUUCAGUAAUGCAUCAUCGGGCGUUUACUCGCUCCCUGCUAAUGGAUUCUGGUCAAAGCACCGGGACGAUGUUGGCUACAAUCAGCUUCAGAAGAUCCACUGUAACACCUUGUUUAUGAGAUUUGCAUAUGGAGUUUUCUUUGCAAUAGAGUUCUGGAGUGAAUUGUCACCACAAGCUCGCCAGAAGCUACUGAGGAUUGACAAGCAAACCCUGUUUGAGCAAGCUCGUAAAAAUAUGUACUGUUCUAGAUGCAAUGGACUACUGCUCCAAGGUUUCUUGCAGAUUGUCAUAUAUGGUAAGUCUCUGCAGCAGGAGGGGCUAGGUGGACACUUUCCUUGCAACAGACCAGGGGCCUCAAAAAAUCAAUGCGAUGGAGAAUCAAAUAUGAUGAAUGGGUGCCAAGAUGAAAUUCAAGAUCCAUCUGUCCAUCCCUGGGGGGGUCUGACCACAACACGUGAUGGCUCUUUGACAUUAUUGAGCUGCUAUUUUUAUUCAAAGUCCCUCAAGGGUCUUCAAAAUGUAUUCGACAGUGCACGAGCGAGGGAACGGGAAAGGGAAUUGCUCUAUCCUGAUGCUUGUGGCGGAGGAGGUCGAGGUUGGAUUAGCCAAGGAAUGGCAAGUUAUGGUAGAGGACAUGGAAUAAGAGAAACGUGCGCUCUGCAUACUGCCAGGCUUUCUUGUGACACAUUAGUGGAUUUCUGGUCGGCACUUGGAGAAGAGACUCGACAAUCUCUUUUAAGGAUGAAGGAAGAAGAUUUUAUUGAGAGGCUUAUGUACAGGUUUGACAGCAAGAGAUUUUGCAGAGAUUGCAGAAGGAAUGUUAUUCGUGAGUUCAAGGAGCUAAAGGAGUUAAAACGCAUGCGGCGAGAACCUCGCUGCACCAGUUGGUUUUGUGUUGCAGAUACAGCUUUUCAAUACGAGGUAUCUGAUGACACAAUUCAGGCUGAUUGGCACCAAACUUUUUCUGAUACUGUUGGAUCAUAUCACCACUUUGAAUGGGCAGUUGGAACAGGGGAGGGAAAAUCUGACAUUCUAGAAUUUGAAAAUGUUGGCAUGAAUGGAAGUGUCCAAGUUAAUGGCUUGGAUCUUGGUGGUUUAAGUGCGUGUUUUAUCACUUUGAGGGCUUGGAAACUAGAUGGCCGCUGCACUGAGCUUUCUGUGAAGGCUCAUGCAUUAAGAGGUCAACAAUGUGUGCAUUGCAGGCUAGUAGUUGGUGAUGGUUUUGUUACAAUAACAAGAGGGGAAAGCAUCAGAAGGUUUUUUGAACAUGCUGAGGAAGCUGAGGAAGAAGAGGUAGUUCAGGAUGAUGAUUCCAUGGACAAGGACGGAAAUGAGCUGGAUGGAGAAUGCUCCCGUCCUCAAAAGCAUGCGAAGAGUCCAGAACUUGCUCGAGAAUUUCUUCUAGAUGCUGCGACUGUUAUUUUCAAGGAACAGGUUGAAAAGGCUUUCAGGGAAGGAACUGCACGCCAAAAUGCACACAGUAUCUUUGUUUGUCUUGCACUAAAAUUGCUGGAAGAGCGCGUUCAUGUUGCAUGUAAAGAAAUUAUCACAUUGGAAAAGCAGAUGAAACUUCUUGAAGAAGAGGAAAAGGAAAAGCGUGAAGAAGAAGAACGGAAGGAGCGAAGAAGAACAAAAGAAAGAGAGAAGAAGCUUAGAAGAAAGGAAAGGUUAAAAGGGAAGGAAAGGGAUAGAGAUAAGAAGUGUCUUGAAUCAAAUCAUACACCUGAAGUCUCAAAGGAUGAAAUAUCUGCAAGUAUAGAUGAGGAGACUAGUAAUGCCAUCAGCUGUAGAGAUUCAGUAAGUGAAAAUGGUGACAUUUCACUAUCCAGGCCUGGGUCGCCUGAUAGUCAAGAACGUCAAUCCUUAAAUGGGUGUGCCACUUCCAUAAUGCAAGACGACUCCUGUGGAAGUCCUGAUGGAGAGGUUACUGAUAUGAAAGAUGGAUCUGGCUGUUUUACAAUGGAACAAUCAAAAUUUUCUCGUCGGAGACUGAAAUUUCGGAAAGAAGUUCAACUUGAUCCCUCUUUGAAGUGGUCUGAUAGACGUCGAUUUGCAGUUAUUUCAGAAAAUGGGACUGUCGCUAAUAGAUCCGAGUCGAGACAUUACAGUGAUAAUUUUGAUAAUCCUCCAAGGGGCGUCAGUGGGUUCAAUAGGCAGUCCAGGAUAAAUGGACCAAAGACUAAUGGUCGAAAUUGUGGCCUUAAGUUCAAUGAGAAAUAUCAUUGUUUCAACAGCAGGAUGAAUGACAGAUAUGAUUUCCAUUCUUGCAGCUGUCACCAAAACAAUGAAUACAGGGUGAAGGUUGAAACUCAAGUUUCUACGGUAAGAAUUGGCAGAGAGAGCAAAUCUUUUGGCAAGUCAGAGUCUACACUGGAUGUAUCUAAGCAAUUUUAUCGUGGGAACAAGUAUGUGCAAAUAGAUUACGGGCGUGAAGGUUGUGGAAGACCUAAAAGCAAAAGCAUCACAACGAACAAUUCUUCCAGCAGGGAUUUGCUUCAUUCUAAGAAAGUUUGGGAGCCCAUGGAAUCACACAAAAAGUAUGCUCGAAGCAACUCUGACAGUGAUGUUACCUUGAGGUCAUCAACUUUCAAGGUUGAAGGAGUAGAUUCUGAUAAUAAGUCAUUUAAGUUAUCUGGUAAUACUUGUUUUGGUGGAGUUGCUCAAAAUUUUGGAGAAAUUGAUCAUGAAGAUGAUAAUACAAGGAAAUCAGGAAACUCUAGCCUUGGAAUCAAUAAAGGAUGCCAGAACGGAAACAAUGUGAAAGUGAAGGAGCCUUGCUACUCAACUGAAACUCCUUUUGAGGAAGUCAGAUCAUGUCUUGCAAAGAACUCUGCCCUGAAUGGGACAUCUGAUCCCAGCAUGAGUAGCACUUCAAAUUCUGAUAACUGCUCAUCAUGCCUCAGUGAGGGAGAUAGUAAUACAGCCUCUUCGAACCAUGGAAAUCUGGAAUCCUCAUCCACAUCAGAUUCAGAAGAUACCAGUCAACAAUCAGAAGGAAGAGAAACUUCACCAUGUCAAAAUGGUUUUUCCAAUUCUCAUGAAGCGACCAAUGAGAACAAACCAAGUGCAAAUGGAGGUGCGGCAUUUGGAAGCAGGAAACUGUUUGAACUUCCACCAGAUGGUCCAAGGAUGAGUGGUUUGGGAAAUACAAAACCUUCUCAAAAUGCUGAUAAUGGUAUACCAACUGUUGCAAUAGGUUCGCAACAUCAAGGCAUGUUUCCACCUAUGCAAAACCAAAAUUUACAAUUUCCAGUCUUUCAAACUCCUCCAUUGAAUUACUACCAUCAAAAUCCAGUUGCUUGGCCAGCUGCUCCACCUAAUGGAUUAAUGCCCUUUCCCCAUCCAAACCAUUACCUAUAUGCUGGCCCUAUUAGCUAUGGUUUAAAUGGAAACUCACGUUUAUGCAUGCAGUAUGGUCCCGUACAGCAUUUGGCAACUCCCAUGUUUAAUCCAGGUCCUGUUCCAGUUUAUCAGCCACUCGGCAAAGCCAAUGGCUUGAACUUGGAUAAGCAAACGAAGACGUGUACUAUGCCAGAAGUUUUAACUGAAGCUAAAAAAGAGAAUGCAGCUUCAGCUGGAUCAUGUCCAACCGCAGUUUCAUCAAAUGGAGAAGGUGGGAAAAUGGACAAUUCUGCCAAAUUGCAUGUCAGUGACACCAGCUUUUCCUUAUUCCAUUUUGGCGGGCCUGUAGCGCUUUCAACAGGAUGUAAGCCAAAUCCUUUACCUUCAAAAGAUGGGAUUGUUGGAGAUGUUUCUUCAGAAGUUACAGUGGAACAACUUGAAAAUAGACCUGCAUGCAAUAAAAAAGAAACUACUAUGGAAGAAUAUAAUUUGUUUGCAGCAAGUAAUGGCCUAAGGUUUUCUUUUUUCUAAUAUACUACUGAAAAGCUGUGAGGUGGCUGUUUCAGAGUACAGUCCCUAUCUUCUUAUAUGCUAUUGGAAGUUUGAGUACUUUGAAGCCAAUACACAAUAAUCUUCCUCUGAGAAAUUGCACUUUUAUAGUUUCUUCAGUUGUUUGAUAACUAAUUUGUCUUUUUUCCCCUUAAAUUUUCAAUGUAGAGAGAGAGAGGUUGGAAGAGUGUUAUAAUGCUUUGAGAUUUUCUGUA